AUGCUGAACGCUUGGUUAGCGGACAUGAGCGUCCCUCCACCGGAGGAAUGGCAUGUGGCGGACUUGUGCUUGAUCCCGAAACCAUCCAAACCCAUGACAGGCCCAGAAGCCCUACGACCCAUCUCCCUCAUCCACCCAAUUUCGAAAGCCCUUUCCCUCAUACGGAACAACCACAUUAAGCCCCAGCUCUGGCAGCUUGUGCAUGACUUGACACAGAUGGCCUAUCUUGAGGCAAGAUCAGUGCAAGACGCACUUGAUCGGGCGUCUGCGCAUUGCGCUCGAGUCAGGGCGGUGUUACGAGCACAGCAACAGAACAUACAUCUCCGCAAGCAGGGACACCGCCCGGCCGAUUGCAGAGGCGGAGUUCUUUUGUCCGUUGACCUCCGACAGGCGUUCGAUGUCAUGCCGAGAUCCAAGCUACAGGAAGCCAUGGACCUUGCCAAAGCAGACCCAGCAGCUCAACAUGUCAUACUGCAGCUUCAUGCCCAUGCCAGCCUCCGCGUCACCCAUGGCUCCCAAGUAGCCAUGCUGGACACAGACAACGGCAUACGUCAGGGCUGUUGCUUAGCUCCCUCAUUGUGGGUGUUGUAUACAGGGCUUAUCCUCACCUACAUUAGGCAACAAGUGAGCACGCAUGACUCCACAGUCUUUGCCGAUGAUUUCUUGUUUCAUUGGCUUGUCGAUUCCACUGAUCAGCUGCAAGGUGCAUUUCGCAACAUUGCUUUUGUGCAUGACACCCUGGAAGCAUUUGGAAUGACCAUCAGCCCUGGCAAGUCGGCUGUCUUGAUCGGGGUUCAUGGGUCCAAGGAUCCAACAGACACUCUGCGCCUCCGUGUACAGCGCCGCCUGAGUUACCUGUCGCGACACGUCAAAUCUCAGCAUGCCGAAGCCUAUGCCUUUCAUGCUGCUGUGUUAAAGUGGCUCGACGACCAUAAGACGGCCAUCCUGUCGCCCUGCCAGUUCUGCGGAGCUGACUUUAAGGUCUUCUACUCCGACUGUGCGUCUCUUAUGCACAGACUGCUACCGCUUCUGCUCCUGCAACUGCCGUUGAAGCACCUCCCACCUCAGGCCAUGGAGACCCACAUGAAGGAUGCACUUCGGAAGGAGAUGGCGGAAGUGGAAACCCAGGAGCUCAUGGGGGCGCAGGACCAAGCCAACCUCCUCUCGGCCAUGAUGCGUCGUUCAGCGGGGGCACUGGAGCCAUCUGCACCGAGCGAUCCCUUGCUGGACAGCACCAGGGCCAGCACGCCAGCAGGAGAGGGUGCAGCGACGGAAGCAGCCCCGGACGAGCCCGAAGCCAUGGAGACGCUUCGCGACCAGGAGAAGUGGCCCAGGAUAGACCGCCAGGAUCGCUCGGACCGGAACUGGAAGUCCGACACAGACGGGGACAAGGCAUGGGACCAGUUCGGCAUCAACAGGGCCCAGGACAACUAUGUGAUGUUCGCUCAGUGCCAGGGGGUGCUUUCUAUGGUCCCGGAACUCUACGUGGCAGCAGAGGCCUGGAAGACCAUGAAGAAGGAGACACCCGAGCUCCUGACGCUGCCCCUCCGGGCAUGGCUGCUGAAGCACUGGGUGGACCUCAUGCUCAAGCGGAUGGAAAUGAUUAUGACGAGCGAGGACACCAUCAAGCAGGCCAAGGAUAUGCUGAUUUUGGACGACCAGUGCAAUGUUCCAUACUUGGAAUGGAACCGGAGCACCCGCUCCCUGCAGAUCAAGAGGGAUCGCGACCCUAUGACCCUCAGCCAGGUCCUAGAAGCCCUCAAGGCCAUGCAGCUCCUGGCCAUCCAACCUCUUGUGGUUUUGCGCUUCCACGCGACACGCGAGCUGUGCCAGGAGAUGAAGUCGGAG